CUCAGCGGAAUAACACACGGAGGCUGCCUGAUGUGAAAUCUUAAUGUUUCAUCCAGCCUUAUCUCAGAUUCUCAGAGCAAGAUUGGAACGAUGCAAUUUGCAAAGCUAAGCACUUGUUUAUUCCCUCUGAUUGAUCUUAGUCACAUAUAAUGUGCUUAUACAGACUGACACACCAGCAGUGCGAUAUCUGACUUCCAUUAAAAAGAAAUUGUGACAAAGCAAUACCCUUUACCUGAACGGAGUAUGACAUUGUGCUUAUGAUAUUUGUACAACAUUGAUACUAUUGGUGCCUGUUUUUCUGUCUUACCACAUUUAGUCCAAAGAUUAUGGUUGAUUUGAUACUAAAGUUUUGAAACACUAUCUGUUCCUGUGCCUCAGUAUUGAUACUAAAUCAAUAUCUCAAUACAAAAUGACAGUAGGUAAACUGUUAAAUAUGCAUGGCAAUGGACACAAUUACAAAUCUAAUGAUUUAAAUGCUGUCAUAUAGCUAGGCAGAUUAAUAAUUCAAUAAACAAUUAGCUCAAAUUAGACAGAAGGCCAAACUCCAGCAUUUGCUUUCAUGUCCUUUCACUUUGCAUGAAGUGCUGAACUGUGCUAAACAGAAGCUUAUUGGUAGCAACGUGCUAACAUGAAAUCAAAUAUAAGUCAAGUCACCCAUGUUCUUUGCCUGAGGAGUGCUGUUUGUAAGAUGCUGCCUUAUUAGACAGCAAGGCGGCUCUCUUGUAACAGAAUAUCUUUGAUGCUUCUCAAUAGUGCUACCCUUUCUUGAUGGCUAUGAUUGUCUUCGUGGUCCUGCAGAUUUGGUGGGUGUGAAAUUUUGUGGGUGUAAAUCAGCCGUGGCCAGCAUCCCCUCAUAUUAUUUGGAGAGCAGCUAAUUGCUUCUACACACCAAACAUGACCCGAUCCUUAACAUCAUAACUAAGGUAGCAGGGGUGCAACAGAUGGCUUAUGAAGCCCCAGAUCUCAGCAGGAGGAGAUGUUGAAGACCUCACAGUGGAAGCUCUCCCUCCUCUUGAGAUGUCAGUGGCGCUGUGUUUGAAGAUGGCAGCUCCCGGCUUUUGUCGUCUCUUGGCUGUGCUCCUCAUCACACUGUCCCACACCUCGUACAGCUCUGAGAUCCCAUCUGAAAAUGCCAAAAGGAGUCUGACCCGGUCUUCCACCUCUGACUCCAAGCAAGACCAAGAUAUGGGACUUCUGGGUGGCAGCCAACGACGGAGACACUGGCCACGUAAAGACAGGGAUAGUGUUGGGCUUCACUCGCAAAGGCCACUGGAUCGAGCGGAGGAUGAUGGGACAAGUCUGGAGGGUCUGAGCCCUGUAAGGCUGGAGAUGGGGCCUGGGGACAGUAUGAGGACGGAGGUUCAUGAGGAGGUGAGGGGGCCUGCUCAUAUGCGGCGGGGAAAUCAUCCACCGGAGGGAGAGUUCAGUCGUAAAGGCAGGAGACAUGGCCAUGGGCAUCAGGCUGAUCACAGAAAGCAGGGAGGCAAAAGAGACAAAGGUCGAGCUAAAGGGGAUCUCUAUGACCCUGAACCAGAAUUAGGCUCCUUGUUGAAGGAUAUGAAUGCAUUUGAGGAUGGUUUUUACACCUCCCCGCCCAAUCACGACAAUGCCCCACUCACUGAAGCUCCCUCCCCUCUCUUUCCCAUUUUGGUAACCACGGCAAUCAACGAGCAUCCCCCAACACUGUCCCCAGCCUCCACCAAACCCCAGGUACCCUGGCAAGCAGAAGCGUCCUUGAAUAUGAAGAAGUCGGGUCGAGGGAAGGCUCAAGGGGAGGUGAUGCCGACUCUGGACAUGACCCUCUUUGACUGGACUGAUUAUGAGGAUAUGAAGCCUGUAGACACUUGGCCAUCCAACAAAAGAAAAGAUAAACGUCGUGGCAAAAACAAGAGUAAUGGGAACGCAACGCUUGAUACUGAUGUCAUUGACCCAUGUGACCAUCAUCUCGACUGUCUCCCUGGUUCCUGUUGUGACCUGAGAGAACAUGAGUGCAAACCUCACAAUCGCGGCCUAAACAACAAGUGUUAUGAUGACUGCAUGUGUGAGGAGGGUCUGCGUUGUUAUGCCAAGUUCCACCGCAAGAGGAGAGUGACCCGAAGACGGGGCCGCUGUGUGGAGCCAGAAUCAGCCAACAGCAACCAAGGAGCCUUCAUCACCAUCUGACAUAUAGAGAGAUUCCCCAUGACUGAUGAUGGACUGAGCUUUGAAGAAUGUGGGUCAACGUUAAACGUCCUCAGCCCACAGUAUAAAUGUACAUACACUGUUCAUCUACCUGUCAGGGUUGUGCACCAUUCAGAAUUAAAUUUAGAAUGGCUUUUAAAUUCUUGAAUUUGAAUUGAGGUAGCAAUCAGUAUACAGAAUUGUAAUUUGAAACAGAAAGUAGAACUUUAUUUUUCAGUUUGAAUUAACCAUGAAUGUUGUCACAUGCACAACAUACGGGAUAAUUUCUAGAAACACUUGAUGAUAUUAAUAAUAACAUUUUGAAAUGCCACCUAAAAAAAAUUUAUAAAUCAAGUUACUUUUUGGACCAUGGAAUUAAUCAAAGCCAACUAAUGGACCAAUUAAUUUUCUAAUAUACUUUUAUUAUUAGUACACUUGUGUGGAUAAGCUCAAUAUAUUAUGUAAUUGAUAGAUUCAAAUUUGGUCAGUAUGUAUUUUUAUUGAGCUGUCAAACGAUUAAUCGCAUCCAAAAUAUAUAUAUUUUUGACAUAAUAUAUG